UCGAGGAUUUUCACUUGGAAAGAUGGGUACUGUACGAUGGUUGGCUGUUUGCACUAUUUUGCUGUUUCAUCAGGGAUCGACCCAUUUUCUAGAUGCGGAUUGUGGACUUGUGAAUUCUUUUGACAAGUCUAUUUCCGCUCCUUGGUUGGCCGAAAUUUGGAGCGGUUCUAAGUUCAUUUGUCCUGGCACUCUUAUAAGCAAACGUUAUGUACUGGCUGCAGCAAGUUGUAUAAUAAAUUUAAAAAAACCCGUAAUUCGUUUAGGAAAAAGCAAAGAUAAGAACAGCUAUACAGACUUCAAUUCAACAGAGGGCUACAUUCACUACUCAUAUUCCGAAGAUAGGAAAGAGAAUAAUAUAGGCAUGCUUAGGUUGGAAAAGGAAGUUGAAUAUAGUAUCUAUAUCCGACCAAUAUGCAUUACUACUAAGCCUGACAACCACAAAAACAGGUUUACCUUUGAAGAAUUGAUUGAGAAGCCAGAUGUAGGUUUUUUUUGCGGGUUGAGUAGAUCUUGUGUUAAAAACGAAAAUGCCGUUAAACUGUUAUCCAAGCCCAUUGGUAGUCCCUGGACUAAAGCAAUCCCGGACGGACCUUUACAGCGCUACGCACAACACGGAAUCCUAAGUUAUCAUGAUAAAUCAAAAUAUGCUCACGUUUACACCAAUAUUCCCGCGUAUAGCGACUGGAUAGAAUUACUGGCGUUAGACGCUGAAAUCAUUAUUCAAGAUAAUAAAGUACUGUACUGA